GCGCUGAUUGGCUGCCGUGCGGCGGAGCAGGUUUACCGCAGGGCCGUAAAGCGUCCCAGCCGUAAAGCGCGAGCGGGGAAAAACUUGAGGAGGAAGGUCGCGGCGCCGUUCCGAUGAAGAGUUCUGGGGAAUUGGAAAGCGUGAAUGUUACUCUUGGACUUCCUUGCUGUCCUUGAUAAAGAGGCGAGGAGUGUAUUUGCGCUGAGAGCCUUCCGUCAAGAUGUUCCUCCGGCUGCUCUCGGACGUCUGGUGGCCGAGGGCCGGUCCCGGGUGGUGGGGCGUCUCGGGUGGGCGGCACAGCAGCACCGGGGGCCCAGAGUCUCACCUGUCCCCGCUGCCGUCCCAGGCGCAGGUGGUGAUCUGCGGAGGGGGCAUCAUGGGCACCUCGGUGGCCUAUCACCUCUCCAAGCUGGGCUGGAAGGACAUCGUCCUGCUGGAGCAGGGAAGGUUGGCUGCUGGAUCCACCAGAUUCUGCGCCGGGAUCGUCAGCACCGCGCGGCACCUCUCCAUUGAGCUGAAGAUGGCCGACUACUCCAACAAGCUCUACCAACAACUGGAACAAGAGACAGGGAUACAAACAGGUUACGUGAGGACGGGCUCCAUCUCUUUGGCCCAGACGCAGGACCGGCUCAUCUCCCUCAAGCGCAUCGCCUCGCGGCUCAAGGUCAUGGGAAUCCCGUGCGAGAUCAUCCAACCCAAGAGGGUGGCGCAGCUCCACCCGCUGAUCAACAUCCAUGACUUGGUGGGGGCCAUGUAUGUGCCGGAGGACGCGGUCGUGUCGUCAGCGGACGUGAGCCACGCUUUGGGCAGCGCGGCUUCUCUGAACGGGGCCCAGAUCCACGAGCGCACCAGCGUCAUCCACGUCGUGACCCAGAAGGGCUGCGUGGCCGGAGUGGAGACGGACCGGGGCCACAUCGAGUGCCAGUAUUUUGUGAACUGUGCCGGGCAGUGGGCGUACGAGCUGGGCCUCUCCAACGAGGGACCGGUCACCAUCCCGCUGCACGCCUGCGAGCACUUCUACCUCCUCACACGACCCCUGAAGAUCCCGCUGGACAGCAACACCCCAACCAUCGUGGACCCUGACGGGAGGAUCUACAUCCGGGGCUGGCAGGGCGGCAUCCUCUCCGGCGGCUUUGAGAAGAACCCCAAGCCCAUUUUCACCGAGGGCCGGAACCAGCUGGAGAUCCAGACCCUGCAGGAGGACUGGGAUCACUUUGAGCCCCUCCUGAGCGCCCUCCUGCGGCGCAUGCCGGGCCUGGAAGCCCUGGAGAUCGUGCAGCUGGUCAACUGCCCAGAGUCCUUCACUCCGGACAUGCGGUGCAUCAUGGGGGAGUCGCCCAACGUGCAAGGCUACUUUGUCCUGGCCGGCAUGAACUCGGCCGGAACGUCCUUUGGCGGAGGAGCAGGCAAGUUCCUGGCCGAGUGGAUGGUCCACGGCUACCCUUCGGACAACGUCUGGCCCUUGGACCUCAAGCGCUUUGGGGCCUUGCAGGGCAGCCGCACCUUCCUCCGCCACCGCGUCAUGGAGGUCAUGCCCCUGAUCUAUGACCUCAAGGUUCCCCGAUGGGACUUCCAGACCGGGAGGCAGCUGCGCACCUCUCCCCUCUACGACCGCCUGGACGCCCAGGGCGCCCGAUGGAUGGAGAAGCACGGCUUCGAGAGGGCCAAGUACUUUGUGCCGCCCGGGAGAGACCUGCUGGCCCUGGACGCCAGCAAGACCUUCUACAAGCCGGACUGGUUCGACAUCGUGGGCGAAGAGGUCAAGUGCUGCAAGGAGGCCGUCUGCGUCAUCGACAUGUCCUCCUUCACCAAGUUCGAAAUCAGCUCCACAGGAGAGCAAGCGCUGGACGUCCUUCAGUACCUCUUCUCCAACGACCUGGACGUCCCGGUCGGACACAUCGUGCACACAGGGAUGCUCAACCACAGCGGCGGGUACGAGAACGACUGCAGCAUCGUCCGCGUCAACAAGCGCAGCUUCUUCAUGAUCUCCCCCACCGACCAGCAGGUCCAUUGCUGGGCCUGGCUGAAGAAGCACAUGCCCGAGGACAGCAACCUCGUCUUGGAGGACGUCACCUGGAAGUACACAGCCUUGAACCUGAUCGGCCCCCGUGCGGUGGACGUCCUCUCCGAGCUCUCCUACGCGCCCAUGACGCCCGACCACUUCCCCUCCCUCUUUUGCAAGGAGAUGAGCGUGGGCUACGCCAACGGCAUCCGCGUCAUGAGCAUGACCCACACCGGGGAGCCUGGCUUCAUGCUCUACAUUCCCAUUGAGUACGCGUUGCACGUCUACAACGAAGUGAUGAGCGUGGGGCAGAAGUACGGCAUCCGGAACUCGGGCUACUACGCCCUGCGCAGCCUCCGCAUCGAGAAGUUCUUUGCCUUCUGGGGACAAGACCUGGACGCCUUCACCACCCCCUUGGAGUGCGGGCGCGAGUUCCGGGUCAAGCUGGAGAAGGGCACCGACUUCAUCGGGCGGGAUGCGCUGAUGCGCCAGAAGCAGGAAGGGGUGCACAAGCGCUUCACCAUGUUCAUCCUGGAGGACCACGACACGGACCUGGACCUCUGGCCCUGGUGGGGGGAGCCCAUCUACCGCAACGGCCAGUGCGUGGGCAAGACCACCAGCAGCGCCUACAGCUACACGCUGGAGCGCCACGUCUGCCUGGGCUUCGUCCAGAACCCGGACCCCGAGACCGGGGAGCCGCAGCUGGUGACGCCCGACUUUGUCAACCGGGGCGAGUACGAGAUCGACCUGGCCGGGCAGCGCUUCCAGGCCAAGGCCAAGCUGUACCCCUUCAGCUCCCUCUUCACGCUGCGCCGGCGCAAGGACGACAUGGAGCUGAGCGGCUUCCAGGGAAAGUGAGGCCGCCGCCGCCGCGUCGAUGCCCACCCCGGGCUCUUCCUUUGCGGCUCAAAAGGCUCCCAAGUCGUCUUUCUGGUCUGUUACAUUUUUGUAAACGCCCGUCUGUACCUCCCGUCCCGCCUUGAGGGGUCUCCUGCCUUCCCCGAUUGUGUUCACCUUUGCAGGCCUCAAAGAACUCCUGGGAAGGGUGCAAGCGUGUCCCCAAACCCGCUCUGUGUGGCAUUGCGACUCCUGGUGCUCAGCUGGGCCUUGGGACGCCUCUUGUGACCUUUCACCAUAUCACCCAUGGACCCAAGCGAAGACCCCUUCUCCUCCUCCGUCGCCAUUUCUUGUAGGCCGUCUUGUCGGAAGGGUUGGCAGAAGGAAAACUCGUCCACUUAUUUGGAAGUGGUGCAAUUACUUAGUGCAGGAAGAGUGUCCUUCAGCAACCUCAAAACGGUGGGACGGAAUGCCGUCCCCCAGUUCAAAUCUCCAGCAGAGACUGGAACCAGAAGCGAUCACUGGGAUUCUCCAAAUGCUUCUUUGCGAAAGGGAGUCUUUCUUGAGGCUUCUCGCGGACAUUUGAAUGAUGAGGUGAACUAGUGCAACGGAGCGCACUUUGGAGUCGGUUCAGGAGAUGAGCCGUGUCUCUUGUUUGCGGAGAGAGAUUUGCAGGAACAAAUGGGGUCUAUUCUAUCAAUUGCUUGAUUGAGACAAAUCACCUUCCCAUCUCAAUUCCCUCUCCGACGAUCUGGCCGUCUGCUCAGAAUGCACAGAAUGAAAUAUGCUCCACGACUCCUUCGUUCAGCUUACUUAAGCAGCUCAAACUUUAAUAUUAUGUACAACUAUAUACAAGACAGAUCGGACAAUUACCAGACUCCGUCUGUCUACAUCGGAGCGAGCUGCAGGAGUCUUGUGCAUGUACACUUGGCUGGGCCAUUUAGUGAGAGUGAAGGGAGGCCAGCCAAGUGUAAGCGCAUAGAUUCUCCCCCAAAGCCUUUCCACCAGAGUUGGUUUGCUUUUCUCUCCAUCCUCACAUCCUCUCCGGACCGCCCGUAUCUCCCCAAAUUGCUCCAUUCUCACCCGUAGAGCAGGAGGUACUUCUAGUAUAUCGCCUUGAGUCUCUCAUCGUGAAUUUGUAUCAAGCUAAAUGUUUGAGAUGGAAACUUGGAGGUUGAUGUUGUGUCAGGGGAGCACCAACCAUUGUGCACUCCAGUUUGGCCAUUCAGGAGUUUUCCAAAUCCAUCUCUUAGCUGCUUUGAUCCCAACUCCAUCCAUCACUCAUCCGGCCGUGUUUUGCAGCUCCUUCCUCUUCCAGUUUGUCGGGAAAAUCCAUUUACUGUCGGUUCUCCUCUUACACUCCCCAAAGCCCACCCUUCCAAGAGUCACUCCAGUAUGGUUUUCUGAUGCACUUUAUACACGUCCCUUUGCAUUGACGCCGAAUCCCACCCUUCGUCCGCUCGCUCCAGAGAUCAACUCCAAACCUGGAGUGAGCUCCGCUUGUUUUUUCAGCAUUACUCCAAAGCUCUCGCUCGCCUCGGAAAAUGUGCUUGAGGUCGACCUCUCCUCUCUUUCGGAGUGCCUUACUCACUCGUGAAUGUUUCCGGAGGAGAACUGGGCCCGUCCUCGGCUCCGUCCGGCCUCCAAGACUUGACUUCUGCUGCUUGGCCUGGGAAGGGCGUUGCUCUCUCGGGUCAGGGCCAAGGGUGCUUUUGGGUCCCUCACCAUCUCCUGGGUUCUCAGAGGACACGUCUGCUUGAAUGGCUGAAAGAGGACCUUCGUGGAGACCUUGGACCCCCGUCUUCUGAGGACUUCUUUCUCCAAAGCGUCCGUUCGGGGAGAUAGCCUUCCCAUCCGUUCAACGUGUCGUGAGGCGCUUCGGGAGUCCGUUCCUUCCCUGUCCCGAGACGGUUUUCAAAAGCGACUACCUGGUUUGUAUAUCAAUAAAGGAAUCAUUUUAACUA